UGAGAGCACAAAGGAAGCGCACAUUCUGAUCGUUCAGGAGGGAUCUAAUUGGGUGCAUGAUGUAAACAUGGAAUAAAAAUCGCAAAGCAGCAUUUCCUUCUCCCAUCGCACUUGUCCAUUAAGGGCGUUUAAUAAUACAUGAGGCAGUGACUAUCAGCUACGCGUCUGUCUGUAAGACGAAAGGAGCAAGUGAGGGAGAAAUUGAAGCCAAGAGUGGAGGAGAGAAAAGAGGAGUUGAGCUUUGUUUCAUCCCCGCUUCGGGGUUUUUUUUUUUUUUGGAGUUGCUCGGUGGCUUAGGAGUGAACUCGUUUCGCUGCGACUCGCUGUUGGGUUCUUGAUGCCGAGCCGAGAAGAUUUUUGGGGGCUUCUUUCCAUCGGCUUUUAGAAUCGUAAAUAAAACGGAAUAACACGCCAAAAUGUUGCAUUUCUGAGACGUGUCUCCAUGGGUGAGGCCCACUGAUCCAGGAAUCCCUAAACACUCCCUCCAUCCCUUACCCCAGCCCUCUUCUCUCCUCUUAUACCCUGCCCCCUUCAUCUUCAGUUACCAUGACGUCCAGCAGUCCACUGUUGGGUUUGGCUGAGGUGGGGCUGAGGUGUGACCAGGAGAUUGAGAGGCGAUAUGAGAUUGUGCCGUCAGUAGUCUGCUCCAUGUGCUGCCUAUUCGGAAUCAUCUACUGCUUCUUUGGCUAUCGAUGCUUCAAGGCGGUGCUGUUUCUAACAGGACUAAUGUUUGGCUCUGUGGUCAUCUUCAUGCUGUGCUACAAGGAGAGAGUAAUGGACACCCAGCUAAGUGUAGAGGCAUCCGUCGGCAUUGGCCUUGGCAUUGGGACCCUAUGUGGCCUGGUGACCAUGUUGGUCCGCAGUGUGGGACUGUUUAUGGUUGGCCUGCUGCUGGGACUGCUGGUUGGAGUGGCAUCACUGGUGGUCAUGGAGGAGUUUUAUCACCCCAAAACAGUGUGGGUUCCUCUGGGUAUUCUUCUGGGUUCUGGAACCCUGUUUGCUGUCCUCACUCUUCAGUGGCAGCGAUGCUUUGUCACCUUCUCUACAGCCACAUUUGGCUCUGCCAUCAUUACUGUUACUGUGGAUUAUUUUAUAGAGCUGUUUGCCUUGGUUAACUACAUCUACGAGAGACUCAAAGUGGCACCAAAGAAGCCAGUGUGCUGGUUUACAUGGGUCAUUUUAGGGGUGUGGCCUGUCCUGACCCUGCUUGGAGUGCUGAUCCAAUGGAAAGUGACUGCAGAGGGGUUUUCUCACACAGAAGUGGUUCUGAGCCGACAGCAGCGGAGGGUCCAGCUUAUGCGGAUCCGACAGAAGGAAGAGAGGCUGAAAAAGGAGAAGGAGAUCAAGAAGAAGAAAAAACGGCAGAACCAGAAGACUGGCCUCAAACAGAAGGCUCACACCCAUCACCACCACCAACAGUACCACCACCCAGCAGCAUCCCACCCUCAUCACCAACCCCAGAGCUCUCACCCACCUAAAAUCCCUCCUCCUCCUUCUCAGACGGAACCUGGCUACCACCGCAAGCCCAAUCCUAAAAGACGCUAUGAUGGAGAUGUUCUAUCUCCGAGCUACAUCAGGAGUUUCAGGGACAGACACACAGACAGACGGGCGUAUUCCCACAGUCGAAUGAGCCGCUCUCGAAUGGCUGAACUGGACUACGACUGCGGUUCUCAAGUGCCCCUCACAGCCCCCAGCGGACCUGCAGUUCGCAUCUGAGGCAGUACAUUGCACAAAUCAAGACACGAGCACACAAUGACAAGCUACUUCAAAGCUCUUAGUCACCACUAGGGAUAUUAAACCUAACCUUACUGUGCCAACCUAAUCAACUGCCUGCUAACCCAACAGGAGUUCAUUAUGUCCCAGUGGUUGUCUCCUCUCUCACCUGCUAAAGCUUGUAUUUAUUUGGUCAGUUUGUUCCUGUUUUGUUCUUUUUGGAUGUCAGGAUUAAAAGCAGAGACUUGUUUUGGAAGUAGCAAAGGUGAUGGGUCAUAGGAUCCUUUAUAUGAUUUCUAAGUUAUGGUACAAUUCUUGAACAUACUGGAAAAAAAAAUCAACCUGUUUUAUGUGUAAUUUAGAAAACUGCUACAGCCAUUUGAAGUCAUUUCUGCUGAGAGUGUAGUGGGGGAAAGAAAACAACAAAGAAAACAAAUCCACAGGUGCAUCACACCAUUUCAGAUAAAACAUGUCUUUUCAGAACCAGAGAACUUAUAUCUUAACCUUGAUCAGUAACUUCACUUUGAAGGUAAUUAAAGGACGAUACGAUUUGCUUCAGGAAUUAUGCGGCGAUGCUCUGAGGAAAAUGUCAGAAAAAGAACAGAAGAUAUACAGCAAACACUGGAACUUAAAGGCAGCUCUUCCUCACCAUUUGUCCAUUAAAAGGUCACUGUGUGAAGUAUUUAUCUUCAGUGACAGCCUGUGAAUCCAGACAUGGCAGUACGAGGCCUGUGCUGCUUUAGAAAGGGGACCAUUUUUAGGUGUGAACCAGGUAAAACGGUUCAAACCAAAGACUUUUUGUCUUUGUCAUCCCUCUCAUAAGUUAGUGUCUUUGUUUGCUAUGGUGCCAUUCUCCAUGGAGAGUGUGUUUACAUCUCAUCACUGUCCUAAGAUUAAUGAUCACCAACUGCUCCAACUAUGGACUAGAGCAGCAUACGUAUAGACUUGUUCCUGUUGUCUCUUAAACGUUUGUAAGCUAUGUGUGUUGACUUGUCCCUGAGUGCUCUCAUGUACUUUUUCUGCCUGCUAUCCCAAAAACAAGUAUACCUUUGUAGGAUUUGUCAAGGCAAAGAGUUGCUGUCUGAUUGUGGUCAUCCAGGAAUUUGAGUGUUCCUGUGCGUGAAUGGACACGUGAGCCCGCUGGCUGAUUGUACCAAAUAUUAGCCGAGGAAGGGGGGGGUUUCCUUUAAUGUAUAAGGAGCAUGCUGUAUUUUCCUCCCUCUUCUUUUGCCAAUAUACUGGUAUGCUUGAAAAUAUUAACUUCUUAGCUUUGUAUGACAUGUGAUGAAGAGGAGAUUAAAAUGAGGAUUAUCUCCUGGAAAAGAGGGGGUGAGACGAUUAAAGCAUUUACAAAUGGCGCCCUCUGAUGUUUACCACUAAAUUUGUCUUCUGGACUUUCUCUGUGUGUGUUUGUGUGCACAUGCAUUUAUGUGUUUCUGUCUUUGAAAUUUAAAUGUGCCCCUUGCUUUGAUAUUGUUGUACUAAACAUCCAGGAAAGGAAACUUUAACAGCAGGUAUUUUUAACAGAGGAAGAACUGCUUUUUUGCCUGAUAAAAUUCAAAUUUUCUAUACGAACAUGACAUCAACUUUUAGUUUACACUGAGGCAAAAUAUAACAACAAGCCAGAAAUGACACAGCCAAUCAUGCAAAAGUAAUAUCACUUCAGAACAGUUACUUAAAAUGUGUAAAUUUUUACUUUUUUUUAGAUAAAAAACAAUAAAACUGCCCUAUUUGACUGAAAUAUUAACAUAGGUAGUUGGUUUUUACCAGAUUGCAGUUAUUUGUAAAUGGAGGGCCAUUUAUUUGCAUUAAAUUCCAUUACCGCAUGACAUGAUCUGUGUUAAUGUGUCCAAUGUGCCGUGUCAUUGUGGACAAGUGACAACCUCUAAUUUCAGUUUAAAGUGUACAUAAAACUGAAAAAUUCUCUUCUCUUCUCUUCUCUUCUCUUCUCUUCUCUUCUCUUCUCUUCUCUUCUCUUCUCUUCUCUUCUCUGUUUACACUGUCCAGGUAAAGGGCUUGAAAAAGUUGUGUAUUAUGUUCAGCCAGCUGCCGUCCUGCUGUAUCGUGUUACUCUGAUAAUCUUUCGCAGUUGUGGCUGUACACGUGUUACUUGGCUUCUGCUUAUACCUCUGUCCUAUUUCCAUCCCUUAUUUGUGUUCUUUUAAUGUAGUGCAGUUUAAAACAUGAUGUAAAUUCAGAAAAUUGACCCUCUUUUGCUUGUAACUUUGGGGCAAAACUAAUAAUUCUUACAAAUAUUUUUUUUUCCCCUUAUAUUUUAUUCUGCGUUUAUUUCUGCAUAGUCUACUGUAUGUUCAGAAGCAUUUUGAUUGUAGAUAUUGACCUGUAAAUAAUAUUUUAAUGUAAAAAUGUUUGGCUACAUUUUCAUGUUGACAUCAUGAUCAUGAAAUCCAUUUAUGUAGGUGAUUAUUUUCUAAUGGAGUAGACCUGUUAUGUUGUGAUGCUACUGUAUGUAUUUGAUUUGGUUGGAUGUGGAUGCACUUUUCAUCCUGCUGUUUCAACAUUUGAUGAUGAAAAUCAUCUGACAAAAUGA